GGCUGCGGGGAGCGGCGCUGGGACCGGCGCGGGCAGUGGGGUGGGGAGCGGCGGCCGACGGAAAGGGCCGCCGAGCGGCGGAGGCACCGCGUAAGGGCCGGAGGCAGCAGCGGCUGGAUCCGGGGCACCGCGCGCCGGUGCUCACGGGUGUAGAAGGGGCGCGGGCGCACUGCUCCCGGGGUCGCGUGCGUGAGCGCGGGGAAGGGCGCGAGGCCCGCAGGGCGGCCGGCGGGUAGCGGGCGGGCGGGCUUGGGGGGACCGAGCCGCCCAGCCGGGGAGGACGGCGGUGGGCCUGCGCCAGCUCCAGCUUGAAGCGCCCGGGCCGGGGGAUUCGGCCUCCCCGCUCCCUCCGGCCGGCCUCCCCUCAGUGCAGAGCAUUGUAGACCAAGGAGCCAUGGAUAGGAGAAGUGUGGGUGAAACAGAAAAUGGAGAUGCUUUCCUUGACCUGAAGAAGCUGCCUGCCUCCAAAUGCCCCCAUCGCUAUACAAAAGAAGAACUCUUGGAUAUAAAAGAACUCCCCCAUUCCAAACAGAGGCCUUCAUGCCUUUCUGAAAAAUAUGACAGUGAUGGUGUCUGGGACCCUGAGAAGUGGCAUGCCUCUCUCUACCCGGCUUCAGGGCGGAGCUCACCAGUGGAAAGUCUGAAGAAAGAGUUGGAUACAGACCGGCCUUCCCUGGUGCGCAGGAUAGUAGAUCCACGAGAGCGUGUAAAAGAAGAUGACUUAGAUGUUGUUCUCAGCCCUCAGAGGCGGAGCUUUGGAGGGGGCUGCCACGUGACAGCUGCUGUUAGUUCUCGGCGCUCAGGAAGUCCAUUAGAAAAAGACAGUGAUGGGCUUCGUCUGCUUGGUGGACGUAGGAUUGGCAGUGGGAGGAUAAUCUCUGCCCGGACCUUUGAGAAGGAUCACCGUCUUAGCGAUAAGGACCUGCGGGACUUGAGAGACAGAGACCGAGAGAGGGACUUCAAGGACAAGCGUUUCAGGAGAGAGUUUGGGGAUAGUAAGCGUGUCUUUGGUGAACGCAGAAGAAAUGAUUCUUACACAGAAGAAGAACCAGAGUGGUUCUCAGCUGGACCCACAAGUCAGUCUGAAACCAUCGAACUGACUGGCUUUGAUGAUAAGAUACUAGAAGAAGAUCACAAAGGGAGAAAAAGAACAAGGCGACGGACAGCCUCUGUGAAGGAAGGUAUAAUAGAGUGCAAUGGAGGAGUGGCCGAAGAGGAUGAGGUAGAGGUCAUCCUUGCACAGGAGCCUGCGGCUGAUCAAGAAGUGCCAAGGGAUGCUGUCUUGCCUGAGCAGUCCCCAGGAGAAUUUGACUUUAACGAGUUCUUUAACCUUGAUAAGGUGCCAGGCUUGGCUUCGAUGAUAGAAGAUGUUUUGGGAGAAGGGUCAGUCUCUGCCAGUCGGUUCAGUAGGUGGUUCUCUAACCCGAGCAGAUCAGGAAGCCGAUCCAGCAGUCUUGGGUCAACACCACACGAAGAGCUAGAGAGACUUGCAGGUCUGGAGCAAGCCAUCAUCUCUCCUGGACAGAACUCGGGGAAUUACUUUGCUCCUAUACCAUUGGAAGACCAUACUGAAAAUAAAGUGGAUAUUUUAGAAAUGCUACAGAAAGCCAAAGUGGAUUUGAAACCGCUUCUUUCCAGCCUUUCUGCAAAUAAAGAAAAACUUAAAGAAAGCUCACAUUCAGGGGUCGUGCUUUCAGUGGAAGAGGUAGAAGCAGGGCUGAAGGGCUUGAAGGUGGACCAGCAAGUGAAGAAUUCAACUCCCUUCAUGGCAGAACACCUAGAAGAGACCUUGAAUGCUGUAACCAACAAUCGACAACUCAAGAAAGAUGGAGACAUGACUGCAUUCAACAAGCUAGUGAGCACAAUGAAGGCAAGUGGGACUUUGCCUUCUCAGCCCAAAGUCAGCCGAAACCUUGAAAGCCAUUUGAUGUCCCCUGCUGAGAUUCCAGGCCAGCCUGUCCCUAAGAACAUUCUGCAGGAACUUCUGGGUCAACCAGUUCAGAGACCUGCUUCUUCCAAUCUUCUGAGUGGCCUUAUGGGGAGCUUGGAGCCUACAACAUCUUUACUGGGCCAAAGAGCACCCUCUCCUCCCUUGUCACAGGUGUUUCAAACUCGAGCAGCCUCAGCAGACUACCUUCGCCCAAGAAUACCAUCACCAAUUGGUUUCACAACAGGACCACAGCAGCUACUCGGAGAUCCAUUCCAAGGCAUGCGCAAACCCAUGAGCCCCAUCACGGCCCAGCAGAUGAGCCAGCUGGAGAUACAACAGGCAGCUUUAGAGGGGUUGGCCUUGCCACAUGAUCUGGCUGUACAGGCAGCAAACUUCUAUCAACCUGGUUUUGGCAAACCACAGGUGGACAGAACCAGAGAUGGAUUCAGAAACAGGCAACAGCGAGUGACCAAGUCACCAGCACCAGUGCAUCGAGGGAAUUCCUCUUCCCCCGCCCCUGCUGCCUCCAUCACAAGCAUGCUUUCUCCUUCCUUUACCCCUACCUCAGUGAUUCGUAAGAUGUACGAGAGCAAAGAGAAGAGCAAGGAGGAGCCAGCAUCUGGAAAAGCAGCUCUUGGUGACAGUAAAGAGGAUACUCAGAAGUCUAGUGAAGAGAACCUCCUGUCAUCCAGCUCUCUACCCAGUGCUGAUCGAGGCUCUUCUCCCACUACAAAUCCGAAACUAUCAGCGUUACAGAGGUCUUCGUGUUCCACCCCACUGUCCCAGACCAACCGUUACACCAAAGAACAAGAUUAUCGACCUAAAGCAGCUGGGAGAAAAACACCCACCUUGGCAUCCCCAGUUCCUGCAACACCCUUUCUCCGCCCUGUCCACCAAGUUCCCCUUGUCCCCCACGUCCCUAUGGUUCGGCCUGCUCACCAGCUUCACCCAGGAUUGGUACAGAGAAUGCUGGCACAGGGAGUACAUCCACAGCAUCUUCCGAAUUUGCUCCAAGCUGGCGUGCUUCCUCCUGGGAUGGACUUGACUCAUUUACAGGGAAUAUCUGGCCCUAUCCUGGGUCAGCCCUUUUACCCUUUACCUGCUGCUAGUCACCCUCUCUUAAACCCUCGUCCUGGAACACCUCUGCAUCUGGCAAUGAUGCAACAGCAGCUACAGCGCUCAGGUGAAAACUGGAAAGCAGUCCCAAGUGUCAAUGGCAGAACACAGAUGCCUGAAUCCAGUUCCAUCUUUCCCGUGUAUCUUCCACUUACCUGCCCCCUUCAUGUUGAACCAACGUUAAUAGGUGCAAGUCAUGAGAAAACACUGGACAAACUCAAAGCGAGGAACAUUUAAUAAAUAGUGAACACUUCAAAAGUGUCAAGGUCAUCAAUGACAGUGAAAGUCUAAGGAAAUAUUACUGGUAGAGUAGAACACAAGAAGACUACAAACAAGUAACAACUAGAUGCUACAAAGGUUCUGGAAUACAAAGCAGACAAAAGAAAAAGUAGUAGAAAACAGAAGUAAAAGAAAAAGUAAUAAAAUUCAAAUAAAGUCUAUAGUUAAUAAUAGCAUACCAAUGCUUAUUUCCUGUUUCGAUAAUUUUAUAGUAAUGUGAGCUGUUAACAGAAGUGGAGUGAGAGACAAAAGGAAACUACUCUAUUUGCAACUUUGCUAGAAGUCUAAAAUUAGCUCAAAAUAAAAAAUAUGCUGGGCACAGUGGCUCACACCUGUAAUCCUAACACUUUGGGAGACUGGAGAAGGUAGAUCGCUUGAGCUCAGGAAUUCAAGACCAGCCUGGGAAACAAAACAAGACCUUGUCUCUAAUAAAAAAAAUUUUUUUAGUUAGUCGGAGCUAGUGGUGUGCACCUGUAAUCCCAGCUACUCAGGAGGGACUACUUGAGCCCAGAAGAUUGAGGCUGCGGUGAGCUAUGAUCGCAUCACUCACUACAGCCAGGGCAAGAGCAAGACCCUGUCUCAAACAUAAUUAUUUUUUUCAGCCUGUGUCAGCAGUGAAAAAUAUAAGAGAUUAGGGAGGUUUUGCCCAUGCUUAAGGUCUAGAAGGUGGCUUAGCACCCAGUAGAGGCCAGUGUGACCUAAGCAGGAAUAAUUGUGUUUGCCAAGAGGAAGAUGAAAUAAUGAGGAAAGGUCAGGCUGUAUCAUCAGACUUCCUGACCUAAAGAGGUUUCUAGAGCUCUUCCUGUUCUAAUUAGGCAUGGUUUUAAGAAGACACUGCAGAGUUCUAGCCAAGCACACAAUUUCAGCAGCCUCCUUCAUACCUUCUUUGUAAAAAUGCUAUCCUAACUAUUACUAGUUAAUGAAAUUGGUAACUCAUAGGAAAAAGGAGGGACCAUAUACCCAUGAUACUUACUAU